UAUGCGGCGCAGACUGUCCGGUUGACAGGCAGUUUAACUCAGAGUGUGAAAGAGGAAAGGCUUGCCGAAACUAACUCCUAAAAAAAAUGGCGGAAAGUAAUUUAGGAUGUGGCCCGCUCACAAUCAAGUACCUGGUCUUCAUCUUUAACUUCAUCUUCUUCUUGUCCGGGAUCUUCCUGAUUGCCGUAGGGGUGGUCGCCCAAGUCUUCUUCAGCUCGUACCUGCAGUUCUUUGAUGGCAAGUUCGAGACUCCUGCCAUUGGGAUCAUCAUCUUGGGCACCAUCAUCCUGAUCGUGUCCUUCUUCGGAUGCUGCGGAGCCAAGAAGGAGAAUGUCUGCAUGCUGCGUACGUUCUCCUUGCUGAUGGUGGUAGUGCUGCUGUGUGAGAUCGCCGCAGGCAUUACCGUGGCUGUCAUGCGGCCACAGGUGGAGCAGCUAGUCAAGAAGAACAUGGAUGAGACCAUGGGCCAAUACGGCAGCCCCAAGAACCUCGUCACCAAGACCUGGGAUGAUCUGCAGAAGAACGUGAGUAUCUGCCUUUGUUGAUGCCUGUGUGAGGGA